AUGACUACCGUUUGGUUCUGCUAUUUUUCACCAUUCUCACCUGUCGAUGUACCUAUUUUCGCCCGUUUUUUCGCGAGUUUGCUCCUGCGGCCAUGUCUCGCCGAUGCCUUCUCUUGGCCUUCUUUGGGUAUGCAUCGGAGAUGUCUAAGAGAGCACACUUCUCCGCGGGACCAAGAGCCACCGAUUCUGGUAACUAAGUGCACUUAUUUUGCUCCAAUUCUCUGCUACCGUCGUUUUGUGCUGUUUGGCCUUAUUCUCAUCUGGCCGAGUAGUUUUGCUGCCUCUCACGCUGCCUCUUCGGCCUCAACUUCAGCCUCACCUUUCAGUACCUACAUGACCUGCAUAAAUGUACAACUGUUUCGUCAUGCCUGUCGCUCUUCCCAUUGCUCUUCUUUCACUGAUGUCACAUCGUUUCGUGCCCGUUGCCGGGGCACACUUUUUUCAGUCGUUGUGUUGUGCUUUGGGCACGCAUUAGGACUCAUUUUUCCCAUUCAUCCGCUGGGUUUACUUUCGUCUACUCACGCAUUUUGGCCUCAGAAAGUGUCUCUUUUGCGUUGUGCCCAGUUAACCCUUUCGAUUGGAGGAGAUGUGCCAUGGAUUUGUGUCGUUGGAGUCGUCUCGAAGGGACUCGUUAUCGUUGGACUGACGAGUUCUGUUCCUGCCUGCUUCACCGAUUGUUGGGUGAAGUCGUAUCGGGGCGCUGCUUUCGAGACGUUUCGUCGCACCCGUCGUCAGCACGCCUCCUGA